AUGUCUCCGAAAUCGAUCCUCGCGUUCGCCACAACCUUCGCUUCCCAGGCACUGGCCCACGGCAUCAUCGGCUCCUUCAUCACCGACGGCACUUCCAACACCGGAUUCCCAACCGACUACAUCUACCGCAUCCAAAACGGCAACCCCGUUCCUGACCUCGCUGCUUGGUCUACCUCUGCCACCGACCGCGGCUACAUCGAACCAAACAGCGUCAACACCCCUGACAUCAUCUGCCACAAGGACGCCGCCCCGGGUCUCCUCACCGCCAAAGUAACAGCCGGAGGCACCGUUGACUUUGUGUGGCCGGAUUGGCCGCACAAUGUCGGUCCCGUCUUGACAUACAUUGCUUCCUGCAACGGUGACUGCGCUGUCGUUGACAAGGCGAGCCUGAAGUGGAUCAAGAUCGAUGAAGCUGGCUUCGAAGACGGGAGUUGGGCGGGACAGAAGCUCAUGGACAACGACUUUACCUGGACCACUACAGUGCCGAGUACCAUUGCCCCAGGCAACUACGUGUUCCGCAAUGAAAUCAUCAACCUACACGACGGCGCGACGAAAAACGGCGCUCAGCUAUAUCCUCAGUGUAUGAACAUUGCGAUCAUUGGUGAGGGGACGGACGUGCCUGAGGGAGUGCUGGGUACAGAGCUGUACAGGCCUGACGAUGCUGGCCUGCUUUUCGAUCCUUAUGCCGAUUUUGUCAACUACACGCCACCAGGCCCACCACUGUACGUUCCUGGUGUGUCCGGUGCUGCGCCUACUCAGAGUAGUUCGGCAGUCGUGUCUGUCCCACUCACCACUCUUUCGGCUCCUGUUGACUCCGCUUUGCCGACAAGCAUGCCGCUCACUUCUAUCUUUCCUACUACCAACACUACUGCGAUCUCAACGGUAGUGCCAACUACGCUGGCUACUCGUACCCGCUCAGCUGCUAUCGCGACUGGAACUGCUGUCUCUGAGACUGUUCCUUUGUAUGGCAAGUGUGGUGGCAAGAGUUACUCUGGUUCCAAGACCUGUGUCGAAGGCACUGUGUGCAAGCUUUAUGGCAAGACUUAUGCGCAGUGUGUGCCGAACUAA